UAUGUGUGUGUGUGUGUGUGUGUGUGAGGGAGAGAGACAGAAGGGGGCUCAACAUGGAAACCAGAUUCUAGGAACUAGUCCCGAUGUUUAAUUGAAGAACCACCAGCUCCUAACUGACCACUAACACGGGAUUAUUAUGCCCAGCGCCAACGUGUCCGUGCGAAGUUUAUCCGAAGUGGAGAAAUACCUCAGCGGCCGGAUGGUGAGUGUCAUGACCUGAGUGCUGAGGGCAGUUCCCUGAGCAUCUCUGGGUCGAUGCGUCGGGGUUCUUCAGAGAACAAUCUUGACCUGGAUCUGAGUGACGGAGGUCCUGGUGCUGCUCUGGGCUCCGAGGUCCAGCGUAGUCGUUCUUGCUUGGACAACCUCCAGCAAAAGAUCCUGAAAGUCACGGAGCAGCUGAAGAUAGAGCAGACGGCCCGGGACGAGAACGUGGCCGAGUACCUGAACCUGGUGAACAGUGCGGACAAGCUGCAAGUAGGGCGCAUCAAGCAGGUGUUUGAGAAGAAGAACCAGAAGUCAGCUCAACACAUUGCCCAGAUGCAAAAGAAGCUGGAGCAGUACCAUCGAAAGAUGAAAGACAGUGAAAUCCACCACAGCCCAUCCCCUCGCCCGUCCACUGUCAAACACAGCACUUUACCCAGGGAGUCUCCCAGAGAGCUGCUGAAAGACAUGACCGGCAGUGGUCGACACCCGACCAUGGACAAGAUCAAGACCAUUGGCCCAGGUGUUUCGCUCUCCCCUCCUUUCUUCUUCAGCAAGCCCAGAGAGUUCGCCAACCUCAUCAGGAACAAGUUUGGCAGUGCUGACAACAUCGCCCACCUCAAGACCACUCUGGAUGCUUCCUCACCGCUGCCCACUGACAGUGCAGGAAAGGGGCUGAGCAGCAGCACCUCUAUGGUGGGCAAGCCCAAGUAUCCCAGUGAUGAUGAGUGCUCCUCAGGGAGCGCCUCCAUUUCAGCAGACAGUAACGGGAACCCGCCGGCGGGAGGGGUGUCGGCGGGGCAGGUGCCGGGCCAGCAGGCCGGGGGAGGCGGCCAGAGCGGACUGGCUCUGAGCCUGGAGGAGGUGAGGGAGAUCAAAGACGCCCAGAGCCAGCUGGAGGAAGACAUUGAGGAGAUAAAGGCUCAGUUCAAGAGAGAGUAUGGCAUCAUCAGCCAAACACUGCAGGAAGAGAGAUACAGAUUUGAGCGUUUAGAAGACCAACUGAACGACCUGACAGAGCUUCACCAACAUGAGAUGACUGAUCUGAAGCAGGAACUGGCCAGCAUCGAGGAAAGGGUAGCCUACCAGGCACAUGAAAGGGCCAGGGACAUUCAGGAGGCUCUGGAGUCGUGUCAGACGCGAGUGUCCAAGCUGGAGCUCCAGCAGCAGCAGCAGCAGACGGUCCAGCUCGAGAGUCGUGACGCCCGAGUCCUGCUGGGGAAGUGCAUCAACAUCAUGCUGGCCAUCAUCACCGUCAUCCUGGUGUGUGUCUCCACUGUGGCCAAGUUUGCUGCUCCAAUGAUGAGGAGCCGGCACCACGUAGUAGCUACCUUCCUGGGAGUUUGUUUUUUGACCAUUUUCUGGAAGAACUGGGACCGUUUACAGUACGCCAUAGACAGGUUGCUGGUGCCUGCCUGAUAGUGAUGAGUGAUAAUAAUACUGCAGAAACAUGGACGCUCUCUGUUGUCAGGAUAGGACUGUCUAAGAGGAUUGGUUGUACAAUUGUCAGAAGACACGAUCGCCACGCAUUUACAGAGGCCAUUGUUUUUUAAAGUCAGAAUGAAAUUCAAUUUUUUUCUAGAACUUGAAUGUCUGUUGCUAACAAUUUCAAUUUAACCUUUAAAAUAAUAUUUAUAUAACAGCACAUUGUGGUACAUCUCCAAGCAUCGCUAUGAAUCUUCACAAGACAUUUAUAGUGGAUUCAAGGGUGGAGAGGAGUGCACAUGAGACUCACUCUUGAUUAUUCUUUCUCAUUUUGUUUCAGGUCAAUUUUAACAUCUAUCAAACUGAAAACAUUGCACACACACACACACACACACACACACACACACACACACACACACACACACACACACACACACACAAAACUCAAGCUUGGUAUCUUGUUUGCCACAGUUAUGAAAUGCUAAUGAAUCCCUUGGAGGUAUAGUUGUACAUUUUGGGAAAUAAGCUUAUUCGUUUUCUUGCCAAAAGUUAGAUGAGAUGAUCAAUACCAUUCAUAUCUGUACAGUGAAUGUGAAGCUACUGCCAGCAAACAGUUAGCUUAGGUUAGCAUAAACACUGAAAACAUUACAAACAGGGGGAGCCAGCUAGCGUGGCUCUGUCCAAAGGCAACAAAAUCCACCUACUAGCACCUAUGAAGCUAACUAAUUAAGACGUCAUCUAAACAUCUUGUGUUUUUAAUCUUCGCACAAACCAAUGUGUAGAGAAGGACAUGUUGUUUUUAAACUCUAGUUUUUGGUUUGUUUUCAGAGGUUCAGAGGUACACAAAGAUACAUUUUUUGCCAUUGCACAGAGACAGGCGAGCUAUUUCCCCCUGUUUUAGUCUUUAUGCUAAGCUAAGCUAACUGGCUACUGGUUGUAGCUUCAUAUAACUUUCAUGUUUAGCAUACAGACAUGAGAGUGGUAUCAAUCCUCAAAUCUAACUCUGAAAAGAAUCAAGGCAUAUUUCCCCAAAUGUUAAACUGUUCUUUUAAUUGAGGAAUCUACAGGCUGAAGCACAGAGGCAAUGGACAACCUGUUUUUUUUUUAUUUCUUGUUGCCUUGUGUGGUCAGUCCUUUUUUUCUGUUUACUGUUCCUGAUGUUUAAAGUGCAAUAUGUUUGAUUUGUAAGAGCUCUGUUUUAAAUAUGUUUCUUUUAGGAGUGAACGUUUUUACGUCGAUGUUUUACAGUGACAGGGGGCUGCUGCUGUUGGGGUCGGGUGUGGAAAUAUCAUUAAUGUUGGCAUGAGAGAUCCAUAACCACUGAAGCUGCUGCUGGGCUCUUAUAAGACCAGCUGUCUUCUCUCUGAAGGGCCAAAAAUCAGUCCCACUGCAUUACCGCGCUGGUAGCAUGGAAAUAUCAACGACAACCAGGCCAUCUCCCCAGUGCAGGCAGACGCACGUGCACACACACCCAAACGACACACAACAGUCCAGAGGCUCUCUUUAUGUCUUAAGAGUGUGAUUUUUGUCUUUUACUAAUAAUAUGAUUGAGAGGCGAUGGGUUUAUACUGUGAUACAGGGCCUUUUUUCGAAGAAGUAACAAAGAGCCUUCAGUACUCAGAAUCUCAUGUCAUACUCAUGUCUGAUGAUCUGUGAUGAUCUACAAGCCAAUUUUUGACUGAGUGAUGUGUUCUUUCACGUUUGUCUCACGAACAUUGCCUAUGAUGAUCUCAAGUGAAGCCACGGACCACUUUUUUAAAUGUUUGUCUGCCAUAAUAACACGUUUGUGUUUGUCGUCUACUUUAUCAUAUUUUAUCUUGUUAAUGUUUUGACAUAUUUGGGUUUUACCCACAGAUCUGGUUUACAUUCUCUUUUCAUCUCUGGUGCACUAUGUGAUCAAUCAGUUGUAUUUUCAUGCAUUACGUGCCUUUGUCUGACACUUUCUGUUAAAUUAAACAAUACUUUUUAAUCAACCUGUGACUGAUUUGGCAUGAUUAGGCAUGGAGUUGUUUGGUGAUUUGUUGUUGUAUUCGUCAUGUGAUUCCUAUUUUUCAUACACAUUUCAGUAUCUAGAAGUCUCAGUAGAGUGCAGACAACAGCCAGAAAAUCAUAGAUUAUUUCACCCAGUUGCAAUUAGUGUAAAUAAGGAAACAGACGGAAUUUUAUUAACUCAGUGAAACUUCCUGAGAGUAUCCUAUUUGCAUUCACAGUCGAUUUCUUUAUUUUCAUUUCAGAGAUUUGCACCAGAAGAAUUGACCUUAUAAAAACUUACACGCAUACAGUUUCUAAUAAGUUACACUCAACAUGAACACCACAAAUAUUUGCUCUUCUUUUACUGCUAAACACUCGCUCCUUCUUCACCACCAGAGGGUGUAGGCGCCGCACUGUUGGCACGUUGGAGACCAAGAAAACAUUGGAAGGCUGCAGCAUCUUAAA